AUGGCGGUGUCGCAUCAGUGGUUCGUGCAGUGGUCCGCCCCGCCGAUGCUCUUCGCGGAUAUUACUAGUCAAUACAAUGACGUCAAUGACCGAUGGAAAAGUGAUGAACCAACAUGGAGUGACCCUGCAGUGGUUCCUGAACUUAGUGACGAUAGUUAUAAAGACCCGGACAGCUUGAUAGAAACUAAUCAUAAGUAUAAGUCAGAUAGAUCUAAAAAUAAAGAUCGUGCCAGUGCCGCGGGAGUCACGUUGUGGCUCACAAUGUUAGGGGUGAUGCGCGCGCAGUCCGUGCCCGCUGACAACGACACACCUCCUUUCAGCACCCUGUAUAAAUGGAAGCAAGUCGACUUCGAGUUCCCCACGCCCAGACACCGGAGACAUGCACUAUCCACGGGGAAAUUUAUACCUGCUAAUGUGCUUCCCCUGGGCCUCGAGGUGUGGGGUCACCGAGUGUGGGUGACAAUACCAGCGUGGAGACGAGGCGUACCCGCCACGCUCGCUACUCUACCCAGGCAAGGGGGACUCGCCUCGCCUCAACUCAAGCCAUACCCUGACUGGAGCUUUCAUAGAGCUUUUGGUGACCCGAAGAAUUGCACGGGGCUAACUUCUGUGUUCCGGAUACACGCCGACCACUGCGGGCGACUUUGGGUAUUGGAUUCCGGCCAGAUAGACUCACAGGACAAUCCGAAACAAUUGUGUCCACCCAGCAUAGUAGUGUUCGAUCUUAAAACAGAUACAUUGAUCGCGCGAUACACGAUUCCUAAACAAUUUGUAUUACAAGAUUCUUUAUUCUCCAACAUCGUCAUAGACUCUAGGACAGUAGACUGUUCAGACCUUCACCUGUACAUAGCAGACACCUGGCGAUUCGGCCUACUAGUGUUCAGAGAAAAAGACCACAAAUUUUGGAGAUUCUCAAACCCAUUAUUUUUCCCUGACCCAUUAGCAUCAAAUUUCACACUGCACGGUAUAAACUUUCAGUGGACCGAUGGUAUUUUUGGUUUAGCUUUAACCCCGAUUGAUCCAUACGAGGAACGCAUAUUAUUCUUUCAUCCUAUGUCAGGUUAUAGGGAGUUCUACGUGUCAACAGAAGUAUUACGAGAUCCAUUCAGAGUUACUAACAGUUCUCAGGAAUUUAAUAUAGCCGGAGAGAGUAGAGGAUUGAAUGGUCAAGCGUCUGCGUCUGCUGUCGAUAGGACUGGAGUGAUGUUUUAUGGCUUAGUAAGCCGGGACAGUAUCGGAUGUUGGAAUACAAAGAAACUCUAUAAAAGGAGAAAUAUUGGGAUUGUGGCAUCUAAUACGGAGACUUUAAUAUUUCCGAAUGACAUCAAAGUUGAUCAAGAUUUAAGGCAGAAUUUAUGGGUCAUAUCGAAUCGGUUGCCGAUGUUCCAAGCAGGACCACUGGAUGCUGAUGACUAUAACUAUCGCAUCUUAUACGCUGAUACUAAGGAAGCCGUGCGAGGAACAGUUUGCGACAUGGACCCUGAUCACCAAUCUCCUGCCGAUAUCAUACACAGAGGAUGGCUGCCAUAA